GGUACCACCGGUACAGUACCGUACCGGCACGGACGAUUGUGCCUCUCGAUGGCUUUGAGCAAAGAAACAAGCCGAUACUCAUCAAAGUUGCCAAUGAUUUCAUAGUUCUCCUGCCUGCACCAUCCUUACCCUCCUGCAAUCCUUUGCUUCGUCCCUUCAACACAUCCCUUCGCUUCGCAUAGAUACUCACCCGUGCCGUUUCAUCAUGAAGUGGAUUGCUAAGCUCAUCGCACCUUUGUUCUUUUUGUCAGCCCACGCCUCGGCGGCGCGCGAAACAAGCAGCAGCCAGCCAGUUUUGCCGUUUGGUCAGCUGCAGCCAAAAGCCAAACUCUCUGCUCCUUACAAUGCAAAGAACGGGGGAUCCCCUCUCAUUUCCACCCAAGCCAUCAUGGGAGUUCGCGGAGGUGCCUCGGUCAACCCCAAGCUGGUGGCGGCCACUACAGGUGCCUCCGUCUUGUCUCUCUAUAGCAUUGGCUGCAUUUUGUCUCCGGACAAGGUUACUGAAGGGUACGGCAUUGAGUCAACUCAUAGGGACAAUCAUAUUGUAAGGAAUUCGGGCUACCUCACAGUUAUUGCCACGAUGGUCCUUUGGUUUCUGUCCUACGAGACAAUGAGUAUGAACCCAGCUGUCGCGAUCUCCGUCCUUCCGUAUUGCUUCAGACGAUUCCAAAACCUUCUCACCCGCGCACCCACCGAGUUUGGGUUCUCGUGGACUCUCGAGUACAUCCACCUCGCGGUCUCUUGCGUUGCUGUCUACGCCAACUGGACCAAUGCUCCGUUUGCCAACGAUAGCACUCUUGGAUUCGGUCUGCUGCUGCUGCUGAACGGAUUUGUUUUGUUUUGCGCUCCUCAUACAAUGAGUACAAGUACUUCCCUGUCAAAAAUGCACUCUCGCAACUUUGGAAACAAUUUGAUGAUUGAUGGAGUCUUUUUUGCUGCUCUAGCUCUGACUCAGAACAUUUUUCAGGCGUUUGGCUACUGUUGGAUCUUUGCUGGUCUUGGAAUCGGUACCAUGACAUUUGUAACCAAAGAUAUUCCGACCAUUGCGGUGAAUCCCUGCGUCAUUUGGAUGCUUCUUAUGCUUGUCUUUGGAGCCGUGAGUGCUUGGCCCUAAAGAUAGCGUAGGCAAUCGGGCUACUAGUUGCAGAAGUAUAAUUUGAAUAAUCUUUUGCCGUUCUUAAUAGUAGCCAACCGGAUCAGCAGUCUGGUUGGAACAGGGUGAAACAAGGAGUUGGGUAACAGUGGACUGUAGCUCGUUGGCUUCACUUAGUAAGCAGGCAGUACUUUUAAAAAUGCUUCGUCCGGCACGAAACUUAUUACAGCUCCACGGGCCCUAAAAAAAA